CGAGAGGCAGGCAGUGAGGCGCCAGACAGCGAGGGAGGCCGACGACCGCUCACAAGUCUCCGGCUCGGUUCCAUCCAUCCUCUGUGCACGGGAAUUAAAAAAAGAGAAAAAAAGACGACGACGAUGGCCUUGUUCAGGAAUGCCGCCGCGAGGCUCUUAGGACACCAACAGAAGGCGUCCCCUCUGGCAGCCCUAGCUUCCCGCGCACAGUACUCGACCGAGUCCACCGACCUCAGGGAAGUGAUGGCCCAGAAGAUCCCGGCCAUGCAGGAGGAGGUUAAGGCUUUUCGUAAGGAAUACGGUAACACCAAGGUUGGAGAGAUCACCGUCGACAUGAUGUAUGGUGGCAUGAGGGGUAUGAAGGGCUUGGUGACCGAGACUUCUGUGCUGGAUCCUGAAGAGGGCAUCAGGUUCCGAGGUUACUCCAUUCCAGAGUGCCAGGAGCUCCUGCCUGCUGCUGAGGGUGGUGCCGAGCCUCUGCCCGAAGGCCUCUUCUGGCUCCUUUGCACUGGAGACAUCCCCACCAAGGCUCAGGUUGAUGCACUGUCAAAGGAGUGGGCCAACCGUGCUGACUUGCCCCCCCACAUCGUCAACAUGCUCAACAACUUCCCCUCCAACCUUCACCCCAUGGCUCAGUUCUCUGCUGCCAUCACUGCCUUGAACUCAGAGAGCAAAUUUGCCAAGGGCUACAGUGAGGGCGUGCACAAGGGGAAGUACUGGGAGUUGUGCUACGAGGAUUCCCUCAACUUGAUUGCCAAGCUUCCCACUGUAGCAGCCACAAUCUACCGCAACCUAUACCGUGAUGGAACCAGCAUUGGAGCUAUCGACACCUCAAAAGAUUGGUCAGCAAAUUUUACUGCCAUGCUUGGCUAUGACGACCCUCAGUUUGUGGAACUCAUGCGUCUGUAUCUCACUAUUCAUAGUGACCAUGAAGGAGGCAAUGUGUCUGCCCACACCACCCAUCUGGUAGCUUCUGCCCUCUCUGACCCCUACCUCUCCUUCGCGGCUGGCAUGAAUGGAUUGGCAGGACCUCUUCAUGGCCUUGCUAACCAGGAGGUGCUUCUGUGGGUGACAAAGCUGCGAUCGGAAAUUGGUGAUGAUGUGACUGAGGACCAGCUGAAGGAAUUCAUCUGGAAGACCCUCAAGUCAGGCCAGGUUGUCCCAGGUUAUGGCCAUGCUGUGCUGCGCAAGACAGAUCCACGCUACACCUGCCAGCGAGAAUUUGCCCUUAAGCACUUGCCAGAUGACAAACUCUUCAAGUUGGUUGCAAAGCUGUACAACGUCGUUCCCCCGAUCCUGACUGAACUCGGCAAGGUGAAGAACCCAUGGCCCAAUGUUGAUGCACACUCAGGCGUCCUCCUCCAGUACUAUGGCAUGACUGAGAUGAACUUCUACACGGUGCUCUUCGGCGUUUCCCGCGCCCUGGGAGUCCUUUCAUCUCUCGUGUGGGACAGGGCUCUUGGCCUCCCCAUCGAGAGACCGAAGUCCAUGAGCACAGAGGGCCUCAAGAAGCUGGUCGGCUCCACUGCUGCUCAAGGAGCGUAGGCAUGUUGGAGAUUUUGUGCUUGCCUUCAAGUCAGCUCUGCGGUGGAACAAAGAAUCGGGUUCACAAAAGUACCUCACCCUGUGAUCAGUUCAUUGUUCAUGUAUUUAGACACCCUUGACUGUUGUGGAUCCAAGUUAUGGAUGCAAGGUGCUAGUGUGCGCUCAUACUCGGAAACAUCUGUCAGCUGUUUGAAAGUAGGCCACCUUGCAUUUUGAUCCUAGACCUGAAGUACCAAUUAGAUCUAAUAUGCAUCAUGAAUAGAAUUUGUAAACAAAAUUGAUAUCUUGAUCAAUCUUCCAGCAUUUUGUGACAACAAGAUAUUUUCGGUACAAGUGUUUUUUGUAGUAAAUUUUUAAACUAUGGGAGAUGAAGAACUGAGGGAAAUGAUUUUAUGCUUGGAUGUUGGAAGUACUAAGCUAAGAGUAUUUUUAGUCUUUAUUUAUUUUUUUCUUCCACAUGCAUUUCACUUACACGACACAUGGAGACAGCUAACAUUUUCAAAGCAGAUGAUUAUUUAAGAAUUUAUACAUGAUUUAUUUAUUUAUAUCCUUGUACAAAGAAAGGCAACCUAGAUUGAGAACUCUUAAGCGCAGUGUUAUAUCUUCAUUUUUUAUUUUGGUUGUCAUGUCAAGGGUUAAAUCAUGUUGCAUUGGCAUUGUUUGAAGUUGGCCACGUUAAAAACUUGGCUCUGGCCUAUUCACGUGGGAACUUUGAGCAAGGUUAAUGUAGUAAAUUAAACUAUUUAUAUAGCCUAGAGUGGGUGGUCGUCUCCCACAAAGGGCAGGAUGCGAGUUGUACUGUAAAUAAACUGUAUAAAUAAUUUUUGGUAGGUGUCCCGCGACUGCCAAUUAUUGUAAGGAGUACAAAAUUAUAAAGGAUGUUUUAGUAAAUCGAA